AUGUUUGGUCCUUUCCGCCUCACAAACCCGCUAUCGGGAGGCCUGUUAUGGAAAAUACCAUGGCGCCUCUCUAGACACCAGAAGUACAGACAUCGCGAGCGUUUACGACACGUCGACUCCGUGGUCGGCACACUCGAUACCGCACUACGACGCAUGGGGCAGAGCAUGAAGAAGGUGGAACGCUGGAAGAUGGAGAUGCCGACUGAGCAGGAGAUGCUGCCCAAGGAUAAAUACACCGUCUUCGACCGCAAAGUGAAGAGGUAUCGGAAGGGAAUCCACAAGGUGCCAAAGUGGACAAGGGUCAGCCAACGACUCAAUCCUCCGGGUUUUUAGACGGAUCCUACGGCGAGCGACGGUCGCGCGUGUGUAUACCAUGUAUUAUCAUACAAUUUGCAUCAGAUACGGCGCCAUGGAAAGAAAGCAACGAAUACUCCCUAAAUAUGCACUGAGAAUUGCAUGCGCCUUGAGUGCAAACAGAUACUUGCAUUGAAAUUCGCCGACAGAAGGCUGCUUAUUAAAACAAUUACCGUGGCUGUCCUCUACUUGGUAGGAAGCUGCGGUGGGAGUUAGCCGUGACGUUCAUGUUUGACAAUCAGCGGGCAAGCAAAUGAUGCUCUAUGCGACAGGAUCCCAUGACUUUGGCGACGUCAACGACUUGUACAUCAUUUUGCACAUGUAUUGCCCAUGCACGCUACCGCGAAUGUUCACAGAGACCAUCAACCUGCUGAACUGAGACCAGUACACUCUCAAUUACUAAGCGUCGUGCUAUAUAGUACAUGUCUUUUUAUCCCCAGAUAACGAUACUUAUCAG